AUGGACUCUCUUAUGUGGCCCACAUCUCAAUAUCUCAAGGAAGUUCAAAAGCUCGCUAUUAUAAUGGACGCCGACGCUUUAACAAUAGUGAGUGGCCAAACGGGAACUCUUGUGAUGGAUAGAAAGGGUCUAGUUUCAUCCGCUACAGGUGAAUUGUGUGGAACUUCUGGCGAGAUUGCAGCCGAGACAAUCUACUCAAUGUUACAGGAUUCAAAUAGUAUACUCGAUACGAAUCAAAAGGAGGAGCUACAGCGUAUGACCAUCGCGUUUCCAACGUACGACUUCGUUGUGACACUAGAUACAAAGCAGAUCUACGUUGUCAAGCGCAAUAUUGUUCAAGAAUGA